UAGCAGCGUUACUAAGGUUACGCUUGUAUGUAUGGCAAUUACAGCUCCUUUUAGCAGCUUCGAUGUCGUGUGUGUUGUAUAUGAAAAUGUAAAUCUAGUGAACUCGCCUGUUUUGUAUAUCUAUUUCACAAUCAGCAUUUUCUUAUAUUGAUAAGCCUUAAAUAUUUUAGUAUUUAUCAUUUAAACAAAUAACAAUGGAUCGCAGUGCUUUUAUAGAAAAUCUAACAUUAGGAACUGUCAAAUAUUUUGAAAAAUUACCUUGUGUCAAAUCAACAGUUAUAUCAGAAAAAGCACAUGUGCAAGAGGCUGCAAUAACAUUAUGGGAACAGAAAAAUGGUUGCACUUUACCUCAAGAUCUGAAGAAUUUCUAUUUAGCUACAGAUGGUUUGCAGAUAAAAUGGUUUUGGAAGCAAAGAGGUGAAACUGUGCCUUGUGGUGUAAUUGAGGUAGCUCGUUUGAGUCAUCUGAAGAGCAUUGGACCUAAAAGGCAAAGUGUAAAUUCAGAGCUUCCUACUGUUUUGGAUAUUGAAAGUGACACAGAAGAAUUGUGUGAAGGUCAUGUAAAACCAAAGUUUAAAGAUGGCUGCAAAAUAUUUGUGCUAGAUCACUGUCAAGGAGCUGGAAAAGUAUGCCUUGUUUAUCCAAAGCGAAAAGACAUCACUUGUCUUUCCAUGAAUACAGAUUCAUCUGGUGAUAGUAGUUCUCAACAACCCUCAGUUUGGUUCCUAGAUAGAGCACUUGAUUUUCAUUACUUAACUUCAGAUUUUGCUUCAUAUUACAGACUAGCCCUAGCACAUUUAGGUAUCCCACAGUGGCAAUUACUUUUCACACCUUAUGGACCUCCUACAAGAACAAGGUUGCUGUUGAAUAUGUUUGCUCCUGAGAGACUUGUUCAAAAAAUCUUUACUCUACAGACAGAUGGAUGGACGAACGGUGGAAGCACGCACGAACGGUGGACGCCAAUCAAUGGCACAGUGACUCAAUAGAUAGCAGGUGCUUGAAAGUGAAUACAGGAAUCUCAGCUAGUCUGAAGAAGAACCACUUUUACGGCAUAUCUACCCCUCUUGAGUAUUAGAUUUUUUUCAGUCAUAGACUUUGCAGAUUAAAAAAAAAAAAAAAAAUCUUGGAAAAAAUUGCUAGUGGUUUUGAAGUUCGUAUAUUAGUUCAUUCCAGAUACCAAGUGUCUGGAUUUCAGACUCUGUACUGUAUAAAUAAUUAAAAAAUAUACUCUUAAACACAUAUAACAUGAAAAAUUAAAAUACAAAUUA